AUGAAUGCCUGUGUUGCCAGGAGUUUGCAUCGUGUAUUUUGCUCGCGGUUGCUUAAAAAGCAUUAUGGAAAAGUUUCGUCCUUACGACUCGGCUUUUCACGUAAUUUUAGGACUGCAUCCGUGCUGCACCAUUUAGAAGAGGAUCGGCCCGUGUUUCCUGGUUCCCGUUCCAACUAUAUUCACUCCCUUGAGUUCUUGCGUCCAGACAUGUAUGAUGGAAUACCUGUCUACAGAGUAAUGAAUAAGAACGGAGAAAUUAUACAAAAGGACCAAGACCCUCAGCUGGAUGAUGAGACUGUUCUGAAAAUGUACCAUAAUAUGACUCUGCUGAAUACAAUGGAUCGUGUUUUAUACGAUUCCCAGCGGCAAGGCAGAAUUUCAUUCUACAUGACCAAUUAUGGAGAAGAAGGCACACAUAUUGGUUCAGCAGCUGCCUUAGACUUUGGAGAUUUGGUUUUUGCCCAGUACAGGGAAGCUGGUGUUUUGAUGUGGAGGGGAUUCAAUCUUGAUGAUUUCAUGAAUCAAUGCUAUGGAAACAAUCUCGAUUAUGGCAAAGGAAGACAAAUGCCAGUCCAUUAUGGGUCAAAGAAACUCAAUUUUGUCACAAUAUCUUCCACACUGGCUACACAGAUGCCACAAGCUGCUGGUGCUGCUUAUGCUUACAAGCGAGCCCAAAAUGGGAAUUGUGUGAUCUGUUAUUUUGGUGAAGGAGCUGCCUCAGAAGGAGAUGCACAUGCUGCCUUCAAUUUUGCUGCUACAUUGGAAUGCCCUGUGAUAUUUUUCUGCCGGAAUAAUGGUUAUGCUAUUUCAACGCCAACCAAAGACCAGUACCGAGGAGAUGGCAUUGCUGCUCGAGGACCUGGCUAUGGGAUGAGUACAAUUCGUGUUGAUGGUAAUGAUGUGUUUGCUGUAUACAAUGCUACCAAGGCCGCACGGAAUAUAUGCCUCAAUGAAAUGAGACCUGUCCUUAUUGAAGCUAUGACAUAUCGAAUUGGUCACCACAGUACGUCAGAUGACAGUUCAGCCUAUCGAUCUGUGGAUGAAGUGAAUUACUGGGACAAGGAGGAUCAUCCUAUCACUCGUCUACGUUACAACAUCGUGGCAAGAGGAUUAUGGGACGACAACAAGGAGAAAGCAUGGAAGCAACUCACAAGAAAACAGGUAAUGAAAGCUUUCUCAACAGCAGAGAAUCGUAAAAAGUGUAAUCCUGAAACAAUGUUUGACGACGUCUAUGAUAAGAUUCCCGACCAUAUUCAGAAACAGAAGGAACAGAUGAUUAACCAUAAAACUUUUUUCUGUCUUCUUCUUUUUUUACUUUCUCUUCUCUCCUCCCCCUUUUUAUUUCUCUUCUCUCCUCCCCCUUUUUAUUUCUAUUCUCCCCCCUUUUUAUUUCUAUUCUCCCCCUUUUCUUUCUAUUCUCUCCCCCCUUUUUUUUUCUAUUCUCUCCCCCCCCCUUUUUUCUAUUCUCUCCUCCCCCUUUUCUUUUCUAUUCUCUCCUCCCCCUUUUUCUUUCUAUUCUUUUCCUUUCUCUCCUCCCCAUUUUUUUUUUACCCUUCUCUUUCUCUCCUCCCCCUCUCUUUUUCUUUCUUUCCCUUCUUUCUCUCCUUUCCCCUUCUUUCUCUCUUCCCGUCUCUUUCCUCCUUCUUUCUCUCUUCCCGUCUCUUUCCUCCUUCUUUCUCUCUUCCCGUCUCUUUCCUCCUUCUUUCUCUCUUCCCGUCUCUUUCCUCCUUCUUUCUCUCUUCCCGUCUCUUUCCUCCUUCUUUCUCUCUUCCCUCCUUCUUUCUCUUCUCCCCUUUAUUUUUCCCUCCCCCCCUCUUGUAUUUUUCUCUCUCCUCUUUUUUUUAA